UGCUUUCCCAAAUGGGGUUCUUCGGGUUUUCUCGUUCAUUUCCACCAUGGUUUAUGCUUCUGUUAUUAAUACUGUUAAUGGCCACUGGAUCUAUUGGGUUUGGUUCAAUGGGCCCGAUCUCUGCAGCGUUUGGAGAAGAUGGUUUUUUUUGUGCGAUUGAUGCGAGCGGGAAACAAGAUGUGGUAUGCUGGGAGAGGAACAGUUCCUUAACCUCUGACGCUGCGUAUUUCAGUGCUCUACCUCCCAUGGCAGCGCUCACGGGUGGCGAGGGUUUCAUGUGUGGCCUUGAAGCGAAUACAUCUUUUCCCUUUUGUUGGAACUCGAUCAGCUCAGGUACGGAUCUUGUCCCUUUCAACCUCCGAAACACAGGUUACUCCCUCAUUGCCGCUGGGAAGAAUCAUGUCUGUGCCAUUAGAGGAUCUUAUUACUCCAAUGCCGAUUCGGGUCCCGUUGACUGUUGGGAAAUGCGACUAAAUUCGAAUGACACAUUGGUUUCCGUCUAUAAUUCUUCGUUUUUAGAUCCGUCUGUUAAUAAUCUCGUUUUGAGGAAUAUCGUUUCUGGGGAAGGUUUUACUUGCGGUGGAGUAAGAGAAGUGGGAAUUGUUUGUUGGGGACCCAAAGCCGCCACCUUGAAGGUGCCGGCAGUGUCUGAUACUUUCGUGAGUCUUGCUUCGGGGAGGGAUUCUCUGUGUGGGAUAUCCGGAGUCUCUGGUGAGGUUCAAUGUUGGGGCGUAACUGAUUCGUUCAGUUUUCCUCCGCCUGAAACUCGAUUCGUGACUUUAACUGCCGGCGCACGCCAUUUCUGCGGGAUUAGAGAGAUGGACCACUCGAUCGAGUGUUGGGGGAACUUCGAUGCUUCGUCAGUUCCCACAGGUUCUGGGUUCCUGGCCAUUGCUUCGUCUGAUUACACCACUUGCGGUGUUAGGGAAGAUGAACUCAUACUUGAUUGCUGGGAGAUUCAUGGCCCGUCGUCAACGGAUUACAGCCCUCCAUUGCAGCUGUGCAGUCCAGGUCUUUGUACCGCCGGUUCCUGUGGAGAAGGGAGUUUUGUUUUCAAUGCUAGCAUCCUCAAUGUGCCCGAAGUAACAAGCUUGUGCGUCAGGAAAGAGUUGAAGAUAUGCUCGUCUUGUCGAUCCAACUGUUCAGAGGGCUUCUUCCCCUCUAGUUUGUGCAAUGAGAAUGCCGAUCGAGUUUGCACCGCUUGCUCUCUUUGCCAGAAUAGUUCUUGUUGGGAUGAUUGUGGGCUCCCUGCAUCUUCGGAGAUGCAGAGCCAGCGGCACCACCAGAUGAAAUUGAUGAUCAUCAGCAUUGGGUCUUCUGUUUCGGGUCUCAUCUUGGUCUUAAUUGGGUGCUUUCUGCUCUACCGUGUUAUCACAUCUAAGAAUGAAAACCCACAUAGAGGGAAGACCAAAUGUAUGCCCUGGUUAAGCAAACCUGUGGAGGAACCAGAGACCAACAAUGAACCACCGGCCCCUCUGACCACAGCCUCAUCCAUUGGAACAACCCAAGUGUUCCGUCUCUCAGAACUUAAGGAUGCUACAAACGGGUUCAAGGAGUUCAAUGAGCUUGGCAGGGGAAGCUAUGGAUUUGUUUACAAAGCAGUCCUCUCAGAUGGGCUGCUGCAGGUUGCAGUCAAGAGGGCCAAUGCCGCCACGAUAAUCCAUACAAACAGCCGGGACUUCGAAGCAGAGUUAGAGAUCCUCUGCAAGAUCCGACAUCCCAAUAUUGUUAACUUGUUGGGUUACUGUGUAGAGAUGGGGGAGAGGCUGCUUGUCUAUGAAUUCAUGCCCCAUGGCACACUUCAUGACCAUCUUCAUGGUGGGCUCUCACUUCUGAAUUGGACCCUCAGGUUGAAGAUCUCGAUGCAGGCUGCGAAGGGGCUUGAAUACCUUCACAAGGAUGCUGUACCUCCCAUUGUCCACCGGGAUGUCAAGACCUCGAACAUUCUCUUGGACUCUGAGUGGACAGCACGAAUUGCAGACUUUGGGCUUCUGACCUCUAGUGAUAGGGACCUAAAUGCAGAUUUCACAAGUGAUGUAUACAGCUAUGGGAUAGUACUCUUGGAGAUUCUCAGUGGAAGGAAAGAUUACGACAAGGAUUUCACUCCUCCGGGCAUUGUUGAAUGGGCAGUGCCCCUAAUUAAAAAGGGUAAGGCAGCUGCAGUCAUUGAUCCGAAUGUUGCUCUUCCAAGGAAUGUGGAACCCUUGCUUAAACUUGCAGAUAUUGCAGAGCUUGCAGUGAGGGAAGAUCCUUCUCAGCGCCCUACUAUGUCUGAUAUGGCUUUGUGUUUGGAGCAACUUGUGAGAAGUGGAUUGACCUUUUAGUGGUGAAGGUUGAUUGAUCAAGGGAGAAGACUGAGCCAAAGUAGCUUUUGCAGACUACUCUCCUAUACUGUACAUUCUUUGUGAACUGGUUUUAUAUUUCAUUAAUUAAAUUUUUUUUCUACUUCACGAAGUGAAGCAGGUUGUAAUUGUUGCGGCAAGGUUCUGAAUCUGUUUUGUGGGUUUUUGCCUUCUUAUCUAAGCAUUUCACCAGUAACUCUGUUCUUUCUGGGUAUAAGUUCUUCCAGCACAAAGUGAUGGGAUGGUGAAGUUUCAGAGGAAAUGAUAUCUUCUGUAAGAUGUAUUCUCUACUUAUUAAAUAAAAGCUUUGCCAACCUUCCCAU